AGUAAAUAAAUUCGUUUCGAUCAAGAGGAAGUAUUAAAUUUCUGGAUUGGUAGGUCUGAGCCAAAAGAGAGACAACAAACAAAAUGUAGCAUUCAAUUUCAGUUGUUUUCUGAACAUCUGGGGGGUCUGACAUCAAAGUUUUGAUCAUACAUUCUAGAGAAUUCCAAUCCGAUGGAGUCCUCAGCAAAAAGGAACCAGAGGACACCGAUGAUGAAUGGCUCAGUGACAUGCUACCGCAGAAAUCAGUAGGAAAUACGAACGACAGUAAGCUAUCGAAAACCGGCCGAGGGUUGGCCGAUACCAAAAGCUUUCAGAGCACCAGCGCACUGGACAAGUGUGAGAUGGAAGUCAAUUAUAGCUCAUCGAUUGAAUCGGAGAUCGAGCUCACUGAGGUCACCGUGCGUCAGGAACCAAAUCCUCUAUACAUCUGUCGAUCUUGUGGGGAAAACUGUGAAAGCGAAGCAGAUCGAUUGGAUCACCACAAAAAGUGCAUCCAGAAUCAAUCAACCAACCCCCCUAGUUUAAACAACGACAUGGAACGGCAGCCAGCGUACAAUUCAAUUUUCCUGCAAUUUUUGAGUGAGAAUAAGAAUGACGUGUGGUGCAGAUGUGGUGCGAAGUUUCAAUCCGAAAUGGAUUUAAAAAAUCACAUUGAAACAUGCCCUAAAUUCAAUCCAUCGUACAAAAACAAAGACAAGAUCGAGAGGAAAAAGCACCAGUGUUCGAUUUGUGGAAGAAUCUUCAACCACCUGUCCCUUCUCAACAUACAUCUACGGGCUGGACACGAAGAAAAAAGUUUUGAUUGUGACAAAUGCAACAAACGUUACACUUUGAAGCGCACUUUGGAGGACCAUUACGCUCUUCACCACAUUGGUAAGCCAAGGUACCAAUGUGAAAUUUGUGGAAAGACAUUUUUUCAAUUACCGUGUUACCGACGGCAUAAUAAAAUCAUACACCCUAUAGAAUAUGCUCAAACUUUGGCUACUAAGGGAGUUCAGGUGUUUCCUAUAAAUGAGCUGUAUUCUAUGGACGGCUGUGUAGUUUAUAAUGAUAAGAAUGAAACUACAUCGGACAUACAACAGGAUCAGAAAUCAUCCGAGACGUUGAACGAAAGUAAUCUGAUGAAAACAGAGGAUUCCGAUCACGAGGGCCUUAACACCAGCAUCGCUAUGGAUAAAUGCAAGAUGGAAGUUGAUUGUUCAAUGAUUAAAUCGGAGAUUGAGCUAACUGAGGCUACAGUGUGCCAAGAACCGGAGUAUCUUUACAGCUGUGAGUCUUGUGGGGAAAAAUUUGAAAGCGAAGCAGUUCGAGUGGACCAUUACAAUAGAUGUAUCCACGAUCAAUCAGUCAGCACUCUUACAACAAACAAAGCACGACCGUACAUUGUCGAAGACGGUGCUGAAUACGUUUGCCAGGUUUGUAACAACCCGAUGGUUUACAAACAACUUUAUUCAUUUGUUCUUCAUCAAAUAAACGCUCAUGGAAUUUUCGAUAACUCAUUUUGCCGAAGGGUAAAAAAAAAUGAAGUUCCACCAUUUUCGGAAUUCCCCUAUCACUGCAAUGUUUGCGAUUACUGGUUUCGACACAAAAGGCUCCACCUGCAUCAUGAAUGCUCUAUGGCGAAAGUACAGAACAUCGAUGCCAUGAAUCUCACUAAUCGAUGCAGUUUGUGCAAAAAGACGUUUAAAUACAGGUCGACGCUUUAUAAGCACCUCGAGAAUGAGCAUCAGCAAAGUCGCAACCGGAAGCAUAAAUGCGACUUAUGUGAGAGGUGUUUCAUAACUUCAAAAUCUGUGGAAGAGCACAAGUUUUCCGUUCAUUACAAACAGCCCUUGUAUCGAUGCACUUUGUGCGAAAAAACAACUUACACUGACGGGGCAGCCUAUGCACAUCGUAGGAAAUACCACAAAGAGGAGCUGGAACGUUUGGAAAUACCUUUCCCGGCAUUGGUGUUUAUAGAAAGAUUAAAAAAAACAUAAGUUAGGCUAAAUUUCGGAUUUUUCUAAGUUCGCAUUUCUGUAAUAAAAA